UCCCCCUAUCGACACAGUACAGCAGCACGUAUCACAACACGGAUCUGUCUUUGCCUAGUUCUGUCAGGGGUUGGAUCAAGCGUUGAAACCAGACUGACGAGACUACCAUUCACUUCUCGAUACAUCCCUAGUCUCGGUGCUUUGUUUAUCGGCCCGCUGCACGGCACCAAAAUCCGGCUGUCUUCGUUGAAGGACAAGGAGAAGAGGGGAAGAGUCCGGGGGAGCGGCACUGAAGCAAAGCCGGCUGGGGAACGGGAAUCGCCAGGUACUGGAUUCGGUGUGGAAUCACUCGGAUAAUAAUUCUGAGCUGAGCACACAGUGAGAGCAAAACUACCCUAAAAAAAAAAGGAAAAGAUAUCAUGAAGACUUCAGACUUUUUUUUACUGCCCUCUGUGCUCCUCACGUUCCUUUUCCACUGCUGUCUUGCACAAAGCGACUCUGACCUCACUGUGACAACAAGGUUGGGCCGUGUGCAAGGUGUACGCUUGCCUGUUCCAGACCGGAAUCAUGUGGUCGCUUUCCUGGGCAUCCCAUAUGUUGAGCCUCCACUUGGGAAGAGACGUUUCAGGCCAGCAGAGCCCAAAAAGCCAUGGAAUGGUGUUUUGGAGGCAAGAGACUACCCAAAUGCCUGUUAUCAGUCUGUAGACACCUCUCACCCAGGCUUUCCGGGCAUUGAGAUGUGGAACCCCAACAGAAUGAUGAGCGAGGACUGCCUUUACCUUAACGUGUGGGUGCCUUCUUCCCCUAGGCCACAAAAUCUCACAGUGAUGGUUUGGAUAUACGGUGGUGGCUUCUACAGUGGUUCCUCUUCUCUUGAUGUGUAUGAUGGCCGUUACUUGGCAUACUCUGAAAAAGUAGUGGUUGUAUCGAUGAACUACCGUGUCGCUGCUUUUGGAUUCCUUACACUAAAUGGUUCGUCAGAGGCACCGGGAAAUGUUGGUCUCCUUGACCAGAGGAUGGCCCUCCAGUGGGUACAAGAUAACAUUCACUUUUUUGGAGGUAACCCAAAACAGGUCACCAUUUUUGGAGAAAGUGCUGGCGGAGCCUCAGUGGGCAUGCAUCUUCUGUCACCGGACAGUCGGCCUUUAUUCACACGUGCCAUAAUGCAGAGUGGUGUUCCUAACGCACCCUGGGCUACCGUUAACUUUGAUGAGGCCCGCAGGAGGGCCACCAUGCUGGGCAAGCUCGUUGGCUGCGGUGAGGGUAAUGACACUGAGCUGAUCGACUGCCUGAGGAACAAGAAUCCAAAAGAACUCAUUGAUCAAGAAUGGCAAGUACUCCCCUAUAGCAGCCUGUUCCGCUUCUCCUUUGUACCUGUCAUAGAUGGGGUGUUCUUCCCUGAUGACCCCGAAGCCAUGCUCAGCUCAGGGAACUUCAAAUACACUCAGGUCCUGAUGGGUGUGAAUCAGGACGAGGGAGCUUAUUUCUUAGUGUACGGUGCACCAGGGUUCAGCAAAGACAACGAGAGUUUGAUUUCACGAGAGGACUUCCUAGAAGGUGUGAAGAUGGGGGUUCCUCAUGCUAACGACAUUGGCUUGGAGGCAGUUGUACUUCAGUAUACGGACUGGAUGGAUGAAAACAACCCUCAAAAGAAUCGUGAUGCCAUGGAUGAUAUUGUAGGAGAUCAUAAUGUUAUCUGUCCUCUACAGACUUUUGCAAAGAUGUAUGCCCAGCACACUAGUCUCCAUAUCCAGCCAGGAGCACUACCAGGGUCACUGGGCUGGGGAAACUCUGGACCAACAGGCUACAACAGUGGGAACUCUCAUGGGGGUGUGUAUCUUUACCUGUUUGACCAUCGAGCCUCAAACUUGGCCUGGCCUGAGUGGAUGGGUGUAAUGCAUGGGUAUGAGAUUGAGUUCGUGUUUGGCCUACCUUUAGAGAAAAGGCUGAAUUACACCACUGAAGAAGAGAAACUUAGCCGACGUAUGAUGAGAUACUGGGCCAAUUUCGCACGCACUGGUAAUCCUAACAUGAACACUGACGGCACCAUAGACAGUAGGAAGAGGUGGCCUCAGUUUACAGCGUCUGAGCAAAAGCAUGUGGGCUUGAACACAGAGCCAAUGAAGGUGCACAAGGGUCUGAGAACACAGACUUGUGCUCUGUGGAACCGCUUCCUUCCUCGACUGCUUAACAUCACAGACAACAUUGAUGAUGUUGAACAACAAUGGAAAGUGGAAUUCCACCGUUGGAGCUCUUACAUGAUGCACUGGAAGAGCCAGUUCGACCAUUACAGCAAGCAAGAGCGCUGUACAGACCUCUAGAUCAAUCUGACAUAAAUGUUAAAGCGCAGAUCAAAGAAAGCGAAGACUGAUGACCAUAUUUCUUAAUAAUUUCUUUUCAGAAUGGCAAUGGUUGCCAAACUCAAAGAAACCUUUCCAUUCAUUAAUAUCUCUAAGCAUGAUAAUGAAUUGUGAAUGUUGCAUUUUCAGGUUCAGUUAUUUUGCUGUAGAUUGUUGUUCUUAUCACAAUUAUAAGUUGUGUAUAAACAAUACACACACACACAAGCUGCUAUGAGAGAUUAUUAAGCGCUAUGGUCAUCAAAUAUAGAAAAAUUGUUAUAUAUGCGUUAUUACCUCUGACAAGUGAGUGUGCACGUUUGUCUUUUUCCACUGGAACCUGGAAACCUUUAUUCACUCUGGUCCUCAGGACUUUUUAAAGGUUUUCUUUUUUUGUCCUAUCCUCUAAUAGACUGCUUCACCAUGUGUUCAUCUACCCACAUCCAUUACGCUUUUUCUGUGCCCCUUUGUCCUGGUUAUUGUGUGAACUUUUAUUGUGUGUGUCUGCCGUCUCUGCUUUCUGACAGUGGGCUAACUCAAUAUACGAAUACUUCAUGCAGGAAUCAGGAUCUAAUUCAUGUAUGCUGGCCAAGCGUACUGACUCGUGUCUGUGUGUGUGUGUGUGUGUGUGUGUGUGUGUUUAAAUGUACUUAAAUGUUUGAUCACACAUUGCAUGCAUUCUAAUGCCUAAAGCAUGACUAUUUGUGUGUCUGUGAGAGAGUGAGAGAGAAUGUUUACCUUACACCCACUACUUAAAAUAAGCCAGUAUAUGUGUCUACAUAUAGAAAACCACUCGUGAAUAACACCUCACCUUUGUUUAGACUUCAUAUGGGAAUUUUAUGUUGGAAUUUGAUAUUAGAAAGAAAUAGAGGGCUCGGUGAGUAUGACUAAUGCUGUCUGUGUGCCCAAAGGGUAAAUUGAUUUUUUCCCUUCGCUGUCUCCCUCUCUUGAUGGGAAAGGAUUCUCAUUACGAUAAUGGAUGGAGAGUAAUUUACUUAGUGCUCAUUUAAAAAAAUGACAGCCUGCUGUGUCAGCCAUCUCUCCGGCCCCACCUUCACCCCCUUUGAUGCAGAGGGAGGACGAUGUAGGAAAACACAGGCACAGGGAAGAUGUGAAGGGAAGCAUACAGGGUUAGAAAAGCCACUCGUUUCACAUAUUUAUUGUAUUAUUUGUGUCUUUUUCUAUUUAAGUUAUUUGCAUGUUUGCAUCAAUUAUCCAAAAUCAUGUGAAGUGUUUUUAGUCUGCUUAUCAGAUAUUUUUUUUGUUUGUAUUUAUUACGUUUGUUGAGCUGCAUAUAAAGUAUUUCCAUUUUG